AUGCCUCGGCCGUACCAAUUUCAGUAUGCUCAGCUUCCUGUGUUUCAAUGGAGAACCUUUGACAGAAAUACCCUCACGUUUUCUUCCCACCCCAUCGUCCCGCCUGAAGAAAGUUUUCCAUAUCCUCCAUUUGCUGACGACUCUCUCAAGAGUUUCGAGGCCCGGCCAGGGUCGCCAGUGUUAAGCGAAAAGGUGGCAUCAGAUCUGCCACCAGAAGACCUAGAAGGCAAGAGCUCACGUCUAACAACCGUUGUGACGCACACUAACUGUGACCAAGAGAUAAUAAUAUUGGAAGACGACACCGGUGUUACUUCGGACGACAGCGCGGAGACAAGUUCAACGGCGAAUGCAGUGUUAGACGACUCAUUGAUCCCCGAAGAACCCUCUGAAGACCUAGGUAUGGCAGCUUCUAGUGAUGAUAAGUCAUAUUCUUAUAGCAGGAUCAUAGAAGGAACAGAAACUUCUGCACCAGAGUCAGACGAAGCCGCUCAAGAAGAGGCUGUUACAGCCAUGGAAGCGUCAGACACGCCUCCAGAGGCUACUGAAAGUAGCCCGGCAGCAGUACCAGACGAGACUGAAACCGAAGUAGCCGCUGAUGGUGGUGCUGCAAGUGACGAAACGAAAGACGCGGUGACCGAUGAUGCAAAGGCGUCAGAGGGAGAAACCGUGGUUGAAAUAGUAGAGAAGAUGCAAGAAGCAGACGCCCCUCCAGAGCAAAUAGCCGAAGUGCUGGAGCAGGCCAUGUCUGAGGUCGGCGCCGGCCCUGAGCCACCGGAUACGACUGUUAUCGAUGCGGAUCAGCCGGCAGAUGAUUCCGAGGAGACUCCAACGGUGGCACCGGAGAACAAUGGAGACUCAUCAGAAUCAGCUGAUGGAGCCGUCAAUACACCUUCAGAGGGCGAUGGAGCGGCACCAGGCUCACCUGAAACGCCACAAGCUGAAGAACUAGUCGAAUCAGAAGCGUCUCCCACAGAAGUCAACUCCGGGGAGAGUCCAGAGGCAACGAGUAAUGCUGAAGAGACAUCUCAAGAAGCAUCACCCGACGGAGAAAGCGAUCCGCCAGCAGAAACCGCCACUGAAGCCGCUGCACAGGAACAGAAAGAUGCUGAAGAAGAAAAAGAUUCUGCAGACGAUGCGGCGACAACGCCUGAAGCUGACAGUACUGGGAGCCCAGAAAAGGAAGCGGAUACAGAGACCGGUCCUGACAACGCUGAGGAAGCGACACCCCCUCCUGAAGAUGCUCCUGCCGAAAGUAGUAGCCCUGAUGCACCGGCAGAGGAGGCUACAGAGCCAACACCCACAGAUGAAGCAACCCCAUCAGGAGAGGCCGAAGGAGCUGACAAUGAACCCUCUCCUGAUGCUGUAACUCCUACCAGUGGGGAUGAAGACGAAAUCUCUGGGGGCGAUGACAAGCCUCCAGCCGACGAGGCGGCCCUUGAGGCAGAUGCCUCAGCACCAGAAGCGAGCGAUGAAGCAGCAAAAGAAGCUGAAGAAGUCGCUGAAGAGAAGCCCAAUGAGGCUGACACAGCUAGUGCGGUCGACACCGCGCCCGCAGAGGAGGAAAAGCCCGCUGCUGAAGAGACCCCAGAUGAAUCAGCCGGGGCAGCUGCUCCUGAAGCGGCAGAAUCUACCGAAGCUACGGGAGAAGAUGCCCCUACCGAAGAAAAUGCAGGUGACAAUAAUUCAUCAGAAGAGGCUCCACAAGAAGACACGCCAACUGAAGAAGUGACUGUGGAAGAAGCACCAACUAGUGAAAUGCCAGCUGCUGAAGCGGCGUCUACUGAGGAGCCUGCGGGUGACGUGACUCCCGCCGAGGAAGCACCCGCCGAGGAAGCACCCGCUGAGGAAGCACCCGCUGAGGAAGCACCCGCUGAGGAAGCACCCGCCGAAGAAGCACCCACUGAGGAAGCACCCGCCGAAGAAGCUGCUCCUGAAGAACCUUCUGCCGAAGGCGAAUCUAGUGAAGAGCCGGCCGCAGAAGAAGCUUCUUCCGAGGAGGCACCUGCGAGCGAAGAAGCUGCUCCUGUAGAAGAUGCCCCAGCAGAGGAACCUGCCACUGAGGAGCCCGCUGUCGAGGAGCCCGCUGUCGAGGAGCCCGCCGCUGAGGAACCUGCAGCAGAGGAGCCCGCCGCUGAGGCAGAUCCUGUUGCCGAAGUCGCAGUAGAAGAGCCUACGGCCGAAGAUCCUACGGCCGAAGAUCCUGCGGUUGACGAAAGAGGUCCUGACGCUGCGGACGUUGCGGCUGCGGCUGCGGAGCCCGCUGUCGAGGAGCCCGCCGCUGAGGAACCUGCAGCAGAGGAGCCCGCCGCUGAGGCAGAUCCUGUUGCCGAAGUCGCAGUAGAAGAGCCUACGGCCGAAGAUCCUACGGCCGAAGAUCCUGCGGUUGACGAAAGAGGUCCUGACGCUGCGGACGUUGCGGCUGCGGCUGCGGUCGUUGCUGGAGCUGCUGGAGCUGCUGGAGCUGCUAUAGGCUCUGCUAGCAGAGGCCAUAGGCGCCGUCGUACACGAAGGGACUCUCAUGAUGUUGAUCUGCAUGGCCAUAAGGCGAAACUUGAGAGAACAAAAGACGAAGCCGGGCUUUUUGACAGUGCUCUCGCCCGACAAAUUUCCAAGGCUAAGGAGCGAGAGCUUGCUCGUCACGAUACUGAAGAAUACAAGGAAAAGGUACGAGAAAGACGCGAAAGGCACGAAGCACGACGUCAAGCCGAACGAGCACAGCGAGAAGCAAAAGAAGCAGCAAUGAUAGAAGAGGAAAGACGGAAACGCCACGAAGAUAGUGAAAGACAACGACUAGCCAAUCAAAUCCAUGUAAGAGCAGAGGCUGAACGCGAACGGAGACGACAAGCGAGAGAAGAAAGGAAAGCAAGAGAAAGGGAGGAAGCAACUGCGGGAACCGAUGAGGGAGGCGAGUUGAGAAGAACCCGCCGGCCUAGUCAUGCAGGAUCCAACAGUGACAGAAGCAAUUCAGGAUCCGGAAUUCCAGCCCUCCUGAGGAGAAUGGGAGCUGGAGAGAGCGACACCAAGCCUCUGUUGUUUCUCAGAGUCAACGACCCCGACCCCCCAAAAAGAAGUCACCGCGAGCAUCGGCACAGGGCUCUUGAUUCUGACCAUGACAGGAACAGCGCUGGUGAAGAGGGCUCUCGUCGACACAGGCAUUCGAGGGACCGACCGCAUGUGGAGAGGCACUCCAGCUCACGAGGUCAGAAGUAUUAUCACGAGCCAAGGAUGGGGAUUAUCGAGAAGGUGCUCAACACGAUUGCCGGAAGAGCAUGA